AUGGUAGCUGAUUUCGUACAAAACAACAUCAUAUGCCGAUUCGGUGUAUCUGAGUCCAUUAUAACUGACAAUGGAGCAAAUCUGAAUAGCCAUCUGAUGAAGGAUAUUUGUGAGCAAUUCAAGAUCAUUCAUAGGAACUCUAUAGCCUACAACAAGAAUAUCAAGAGGAUAUUAAGGAAAAUGACUGAUAAUUACAAAUGUUGGCACAAGCAGUUGCCUUAUGCUUUACUAGGAUAUCGUACUACGGCUAGAACUUCAACAAGAAGAACUCCAUAUUUGUUAGUCUACAGUACUGUAGUAGUCAUACCUGCCGAAGUUAAGAUACUUUCUUUAAGAAUCAUUCAAGAAGUUGAGUUGGACAAAUGGGUUCGAGCUAGAUACGAGCAGUUAGCUUUAAUCGACUAG